AUGCCCGUCCCGGCAGUGUUAGUAGAGCCGACAGCCGAAUCAGGACUGCCGGACACGACACCGUCAGCUCCAGGAGAUGUCUAUCAGUCGGACAAACCUCAGGAUCUGUCUAUGGACAGCUCCGAUGCACAACCGCGACCGCAUGAGAUCAUCAAUUCUCUCCGGCGUGUAUCUAUUGAUUCAGCUUCCUCCUACGGGUCUGUCGGAUUUUCAGAGCACGCGACUAGUUCAGUAUCCAGUUCGUCCAACACCGAAUCGCUGCAACUCAAGUCAUUCGAUUCCUCUAUACUAAAUACGCCUCAGUCAAUGAACCUUGACAUACCAGCGCCUUUGAAACUAGGACGGGGACGUACGCUUGUCGACUCGCCAACCGAUCCCCUUUUCCAACAGGGGCGUCUAUCACCCCUCCCAGACCUAUUUGUUGCACCGAUCGAACAGAGGAAAAAUUCUCAGUCAAACAUCAACGAGCCUGCAAUCGAAGCAAGUCGGUCUCCAGCUCAAGAUGCCGCCCACAGCCGGAAGGGCAAACCCGUGGGAUCCAAUAAAGGGUUCUGCCGUGGAUGUUCGCAGGUCAUCCUCAGCAUGCAGAAAUCAGUCUCAAGCGCAGAUGGGCGACUGACCGGGCGGUAUCACAAAGAAUGUUUUGUGUGCCAGACGUGCAAAAGCUCAUUCCCAACAGCAGAGUUUUAUGUUCACAACGAUCAUCCCUACUGUGCUCAGCACUAUCACGAGCUGGAGAACUCGUUAUGUGCUACAUGCGGUAAAGGAAUCGAAGGUCUGUACAUGGAGACAGCCAAUGUCGCGGGGCGGGGCAAAGAAAAACACCAUCCGGAAUGUCUGAAAUGCACGACUUGCAAAAUCCGACUUGACCAUGAUUAUUUCGAGUUGUCCGGAAAGGUAUACUGCGAACGAGACGCCUUUCGAAUGGCAAACAGUCCAAAAUCCCGUGACAAUGCUCCGACCCGGCCGAGUCCAUUGAUUCGAGAGUACAUCAGCAGUGGCGAUCGUGGACUUUUGAAAGGCCGACAAUUCCCGGAACGGAGAACCACGCGACUAAUGAACAUGACAUAA